GUUUACUACCUCAUGAAGGGGUUAACUAGUUGUGGGAGUUCUCCCUCUAGCCGAAGUGGGGCUAGUGCUCCUUCUAGUCCCCGAGGUAAAGCUAGAAGAUGAGAUGGCUGCGAGUCUUCAGUUGUCUACUCUUACUUUCUCGUAAAGGAGGACGGAAGCUUUCUCUUAGACUAGGGUGGAGGAAGUCGGCAAUUAUUCUUUUGAAGGUCGUAGCAGGAUAGUUAGCACAGAAGAAAUAGAGAACUAGUUGAUAUUGCCAUGACUAGGUCUCCUAGAACUGCUAGUAAAUAAUAGCAGUUUGUUGUAGAUUCAGCAUCAUUUAGGAGAGAAGAGACGCGCAGACAGUCGCGGCGGUGGACCAGAGCCCGUGGCGCUCAAUCGUUCACUGCCUCGAUUGCGUUCAAUCUCACUCUUCCAGAACUACUACUACCAAUGUAGUUUGUGCUUCUAACUGCUUAGAAGUCCUGAGGAGCAUGGCGCGUGCUAGUGUGUUCUACUAUGAGUGAUCAUGAUGGUGCUACCUCAUUUUCAUUUUCUUUCUUUUCUGGCUAGGGCUCGACUGGGGGAAGUCUUAUGCGUCGUGUGUGAAGUUCUUCCUUGGAAACUUGCAGCUACAAUGGGGAUGCUCGCGUAAAAUGGACAGAGAGCGACUCGCUGAGUAGGAUUAUACGUUGUUACUCAUGUGGCCUGCUGUUGGACAAAAGUGGCACGUCUCUUCAAGACAUGGCACGUCCGCAGCAGGCGACUUGCGCCCCUGGGACUGUUCAAUAGAGUCACUCCGCUUAUGUUACAGUAUCAGUGUAAGUAUGGUGGAACAGCGUAGCGUUCUGAAUUUCCUUAGUUGCGUUUAUUCGUCUUACAUCUUCACAUGACUAACUUGUAUUAUCGUUAUCCCAUCACCAAAAAAGAUUUCUCAUUCUCAUUGACUAUUUGAUGUAUUUGUAGCUCCGCAGCAUAUCGUCCCACAUGUUUGACCUAAGUACUCAGAUGUUUGAUUGUUUUUCAAUAAUUUGACUCCGUCCACCAAAACUUCAUCCAUGCAAACUCGUCACCAAAAUGAGAUCUCUAUGAUUCAUCAGUCAUAUACAGAGGAAUACACACAUCAUGACAAGCCAGCG